AUGCAGAUCGACGCGAAGCCCAUGUCCACCGUCCCAGCGGUAGAGUCGGGUACGUCGCUCCCACGCACUGUAUAUACGCGAGCCGAACUGGCACGUCGUAUUGCGAAUGGCGAAGUGCUUGUUGUGCACCGCCGUCUGAUCUACAAGCUCGACCGCUGGGCCUCGCAGCACCCAGGUGGCGAUACAGCCAUCCUGCACUUUGUCGGUCGUGAUGCCAAAGAUGAAAUUGAAGUGUACCAUUCAGAUGAAACCAUUGCGCGUAUGCGCAAGUUUGCUGUCGCACAACUGGCCGAGGAAGAUGCGACAGACGUAUCGAAAGGCCGUGUGUACAAACCACUCAUGCCGCCCAUUCAGCUAGGGUACCGCCAUGGUGCCCUGGAGCAUCCUCAUGCCCAGCUUGCGGCAUGGAAUGCAUAUGUGGCGAUGCAUCCUGAAGCCAAGAACAAGGAGCGUGUCUUGUCUUUCCCUCUACCGGUGGAUAUGCUGGAGCCACCGCCCAGCUCGCUGGACUCGGUGCGCGAAGCUCGUAUAUCUGCGGCCUUUGAGCAGUUGCAUAUGCGACUAAAAGAGGCGGGUAUGUUCGAGCUGCAUGCCCACAACUAUGGCCGUGAGUGCCUUCGGUAUGGCCUGUUUGCGCUCGGUGCCUACGUAUUUUACCAAUACGGCCAAGCGCACACUGGCUGGGCUGCCACGAUGGCAUUCACAGCAUCGUCCAUCUGUCUCGGCGCAUUCUGGCACCAGCUUGCGUUCGUAGCCCAUGAUGCAGGGCAUACUGGGAUUACGCACAUCUACUGGGUGGACCGCUUGCUAGGUAUUAUUGUUGCAUCGUACGUCGGCGGCUUAUCGCUGAAUUGGUGGUGUGACAACCAUGACGUGCACCACCUUGUGACGAACCAUCCAGAGCAUGACCCCGAUAUUCAGCACAUGCCCAUUUUUGCCAUCAGCCCUAUGUUCCUGCCCAAGGUGCCGAAGCCGCAUGGCGACGAGCCAGUGGGCCUGUAUUCGUCAUACUACCGCCGCUCUAUGCCCUUUGAUGCGGCAGCGCGAUGGCUCCUCCGCUUUCAGCACAAAUUGUACUUUAUCAUUAUGUCCGUGGCGCGAUUCAAUCUCUAUGCGCUAUCGUAUUCAUUCUUGCUGUUACGUGCGCGCCGCAACGUGUGGUUCUGGAUCGAGCUAUUAGGCCUGAUCAGUUUUUGGACGUGGUUCCCUUGUUACGUGCUAGCCCCACUCCCAAGCUGGCGAAUGCGUAUUGGGUACCUACUCCUCUCACACAUUGUCACGAGCCCCUUGCAUAUUCAGAUUGUAUUGUCGCACUUUGGCCAGGACACAAGUGAUCUCGGACCACAGGAGUGCUUUGCCUCGCGUCAGAUUCGCACUACCAUGGACGUGGAGUGCCCCAAGUCGCUGGACUUUUUCCAUGGCGGUCUGCACAUGCAAGUCACCCACCAUUUGUUCCCGCGUAUGCCACGCCACAAUCUUCGGCAGGCGCGUGACAGGUUUAUUGUGCCCUUCUGCCGUGAGCAGGGCCUGAUCUAUGAAGAAAUGCAUUUUACAUCAGGGAACCGCAAAGUCGUGCGUCGUUUGCAGGAUGUGGCGAAUCAGGUAUCGAUUUUGUGCUGCGUGGCCCAGGCACAAAUGCAGGGCACGCUUACGUCGUCGUCGUCGUGA